UUCGGGUACUCUUGGUGCUAAUAUGGAAGGGCGUUCUAGUGACACAAUCCCAAAUAAGGUGGUGCGUAAGAAUCUCUUUUCGGGUCCUGAAGAAGUUACUUUUAAGAGCAGGACAGAGAAUACUCUCGGGUUGGCAGAACAACAUGAUCUUUUCUCGGAUGAUUUAAGUCAGUUGCUUGCUCAGGAUUUUCCUCUCGUAGGAGAAUCUUCCCUGAAUUUUAUGGAUACUAUAAUGGAGGAGAAAGAAAGUGGUGUGGAGAUAGCCCAUGAGGAGGGAGAGUUUAAGGCAGAGAAUGAAGAGGAUAUUAAAGGGGAUCACGAAGGAGAUAAAAUUGAGGAAGUGGUCAUUCUGGUCACUGAGACGGAUGCAAGUACAGUUUCUGUUUCGGAUACUGUCCCAAAGGAACAAGAACAUGAAGAGGAAAAAGAGGAAAACUCGCAGGGAGAAGAUGAUUUGGAGACGGAUCAACCUGCAAAAAGAAAAGCGGUUAAGAACAAAGGGAUUUUGGUAGGAGUUAGCUCCAGGAAGAGGAAUUAUUUGGCAUCACCUCGCAAACGAUCGGUUCCAAAAACUGGUGGCCUGACGGUGGGUUCUGGAUCUCUUCAAGGGGAGAAACCUCCUAUUAAACAUUGAUUGAAUUAAUGUCUCAAUCAGUUUGGAUGGGGAAGUGGUCAAAUUUCAAUUUCUUAGAAAUAAGUUCUUUACAAGAACAUGAUUUUCUGUAAUCUUUCAGUUGUCAUUGUUGUUCGGUAAAUCCGAAUUAUGUCGGUACGGUCUCUUUUUAUUUUCUCUUUGCAAGAUGUAACUUACAGAUUCUUUAUGUGUUUCAUAUAAUCUGUGAGCUCAAAGUAAUAAAGGAAAGUUAUUUUU